AUGAGCAAAUCUAGAUCUAUUUGGACUCCCUUUGAUGAUUGUUUAUUAGUCCAAGCUGUAAAUUUGGAGCCCACCACCCGAAUCAACUGGAACGUUAUUGCCGGUCACUUUCGGGCGCGUAAUUCGAGAUCUUGUAGAAUUAGUAGCCGCGUUGAGGAUAAUGAGGAUGAUUCAGUUAAGAGAUAUGGUCGCCCACCGUCAAGCUCCCCAAACAAUCGAUCAACAGACGAUGGACGCGUUCCGGAACGCCUUAUUGAGGCCAAAGCUGAAUUGGAACGCAAGGCAAUUGAUGCUUAUGUCAAAUAUAUGGCAGAUACUGUAUAG